AUGAAAACUAGAGCAAUUAGCCCAAAAUUUUUAGUAUUAUUUGCAACUGGGUAUAGACUUGUUCUCCUCGUUUUCCAGUAUGCUGCUAACUUGUUGUUUGAAGAUUUUGAUACUUCCACAUGGAUUGAUGACAGGGCGCUCGAUAACAGUUCACUGGCUGUGAAGAAUUAUUUUUUAAAUGGACUGCAAAAAUGGGAUGCUGUGUAUUUCACCCACAUUGGUCAAUAUGGGUACACAUAUGAACAAAUGUUGGCGUUCUUUCCAUGCUUUCCUUACAUGGUUUCAACAAUCGCAACCUUUGUAAAUGUAAUUUUUAACGUAGAAAUUACUGCAACUUCAUUUCAAUGGAUUGCUUUAUCAGUAAAUUUUUUAUCCUACUUGCUAGCGACUGUAUAUAUGUUCUACCUGACUGUAGAAGUUACGAGCAAACACCACUUUGCUUCUCUAUCAGCUUUACUGUUUAUCGUGAAUCCAGCAAAUGUGUUUAUGAUGUCAUCAUACACUGAGUCACUGUUCGCAUUUUUACAAUUUGGAUUAUUUUAUCAUCUUGAAAAGAAAUGUUUUUUAUUUGCUUCUCUUUAUUUAACGUUUUCCAUAUUGACUAGAUCAAAUGGCAUGCUGGGAAGUGUAUUUUUUGUUUAUUUUUACUUAAAGUAUAACCAUCCGGAAGAAAUUAAAAGAAUUAUUGGAGAAGGUCCUCUGUUGCGUUUGUUCUCGCCUUUAAAUUUCUUCAAAUUUACAAGCACGUCACUCGUAAAAUUGUCGCUACUUGUAGUAUCUAUCGUCGCAGUGUUUCUACCGUAUGUUUUCAAAGAAAUUCAAACCUAUAAUGCGUUCUGCAAAUUAUCACAUUGUAAUCAAUCACGUGACCAUUGGUGUGACGGAGUAAUACCGAUGUCGUAUUCGUAUAUUCAAGAUCAUUAUUGGAAUGUCGGAUUAUUUCGAUACUGGGACAUAAAGCAGUUACCAAAUUUUCUAUUAGCAUCUCCCGUUGUUAUUAUUGUGUUUUAUCAUAUUCAAGACUUCCUGGUUGGUUUAAAAAACCUUGACAUAUUUCUAACGUUUGGGAUAUUAAAACAUAAAACCGACGAGAGAGAAAAUGACGUGCUAAUGCCGCCGGCAAGGUUGUUUGUUUAUCUCUGUCAUUGUUUAUUUUUAACUUGUUUUGGUCUUAUUGGGUUUCAUGUCCAAAUUCUAACAAGAAUGUUGUUUUCCUCUUCUCCAGUAUUGUACUGGGCAUGCGCGACAAUUAUUAUUCGCGACUUGGACCAUAAAUUGUCUAAAACACGUUUAGUAAUUGGCUACUUCUUCGUGUAUAACCUCAUAGGAGUAAUAUUACAUUGUAAUUUUUAUCCAUGGACAUGAAAUAAGAAUACAAAUAACGUUAUA